UUUUUUUUUUUUUUUUUGUUCAGUCAGCUUUUUGUUCAAAGACUUGAGUAAAUUGAGCAAUCCCUUUAACAGACGCUGUGAAGUUGCUCUCUAACAAGCGACUGAGUAGAAGUACUGCUCCGUCAAAACACCUCGUUUCAAAAUCCGGUGCCAGGUUUUGUUUUUGGAUGAAAUUAACCUCCAGACACAUCUUUGCAUUAACAUCUUUACAUCGACCUAAACCUGUUUAAUCCAGACUGAGAAAACAUUAAACCGCUCCUGAAAUCUCUUCCCCCUCUGUGGCCACUAACAUAGCAAUAAAGUCCUGGCGCCAAGCACCCCGGUUGCUAAGUAACACUAUUAAACAAGAGGAAGCUUGACUUUCCCUGUUUGUUGUAGGGAGGUGAGGGAAAUGUUGAUCCACACAAACUGUGCUUUCCUGACCUUCUCUCUCUUCGCUUCAUCACAUGAGACAGGAUUACAAGAGGGGACAGGCUUUGCAAUAAAUGGCCAGCUCACAGGAGAAAACGCUUGGUGUGCUUCUCUAUAGCUGAAGACGUUUACUUGAUUACAACAACUCCAGGGAAGAAGGACGAUAAAGUACAUGCCAUGCCCAAAGGAAAGGGAGCCAAAGGGACAAAGGUGACCCUCAAGAUCGCCAAAAAGGCGAUACGGAUGACCCAAGAAGGACGGCGCAGACUCACCCUCAGCAAGAUGGGAAUAAUCACUUUCCCGAAGUGUAUCCUCAAACUCACCAACGUGGACGAGUUGGAUCUCAGUCGUAACAUGAUCCGGAAACUCCCAGAUAACAUCGGGAGCUUCUCGUCACUCAGGUGGCUCAAUCUACACAGCAACAAACUGGAGUCUGUGCCCGAGUCCAUCGGAAACCUCGCCGGAUUGACCCACCUAAACAUCUCAAACAACUGCCUAACAUCGGCAGGUUUACCCUCCACUUUGGGUUCUUUGGCCGGCCUCAAGAGUCUCAAUCUGGGUUUGAACCAGCUGGACACCCUGCCCCCCUCCAUGGCAGCUCUGGACAGUCUCCAGGAGUUAGGCCUCUUUGAUAACCUCUUCACUAAGAUACCAGAGUGCUUGAAAGAGCUACAUAACCUCAAUAAGGUGAAUACUAAGAGAAAUCCUCUAUCCUAUACUCAGGCAGACAUUGGUGGGAUGUUAAAGGAAAAAUCAGAACCCAAAGAAGAAGUGUUCCUUGUCCACAAAAACAACCUGUGUGGAAAAUGCUUUAAGAAAUGUAAAGAGCAGACAGAGAUGAAAGCAGGAGGAGGGAGAAGAAGAGGAGGAAGAGGGGGAGAUGGUGACAUGUGUGAGGAAAAAAGGAAAAAUACUUAUAAAGGACUCAUGGUGCCAAACUCAGUGGCCGCAGUCAAUCAGGAUGUGUGGAGAAUAAGGAAAGUCAAUUAAAAAAAAGGAGCUGCAGGUUUCAUCUUAACCUUUAGUUGGAGCCUUGUUCAGACUUAAGACUUGUGAUCAUUUAAGAAAGACGCAGCGGUGUGAAGUGAUCAGCGGUCGACUCUAGAACAAAGGGCAUGUUACUUAUGUUGUUUAACAGCCAAUGUGCUCACAGGGGGAGUCAGCCGGACAAGUCAGAUACAAACUGUGAGCUGGUGAAUAUAGUGGAGGUUUGGAUGAAGGAAAAAGUGGAUCACCUCAUCCUUUAUUUUGGGAAAAGCCUUGUGUGUUUGACUCAAGAUGUAAAGAUAUAACAAGUAUAACAAGUUUGUUAACGGUCCAUUCACACUCACUCGCUCCUCCCCUGGUCAAGCAGCAAGGAGAAAGCAGCGGUGCUCAAAUAAGAAUGAGGUUGAAUGAGGAAAGCACCGAAACAGAAAUAAAACUUUUUUUUACCAAUUGUUUUACAACAGUUCUAUUGCACAGAUAAAAUCUGCACAACUCUUCAGUAAGCGGAUGGAUUUUGUUUGA